UUUUCAGUCGCACCUCGCGCUCGAGCUCUAAACGAACCCAAACCGCACAGGAUAAGCGAUCUGUUUUAAUCUGUUUUUAAAAAAGUUUUAUCCUAAGUUGCUUUUUAUUGGAUUGCUGUGAAGGUUUUGUGGAGUAUCGGUGCCUCAGGCUUGGCCUUUACUCAUCAUCAUGGCUCACUUCGGUUUCGAUAACGACAUCCAGAGUGUGUUGAAGCUGGACAUGCCCAUCACCAACGCCCCGAUGGCCAGGUGGCAGAGGAAAGCCAGCACGUCCACCUCGGCCAACACCAGCGUCCUGUCGCCCAGCAAGGCUGGAAAUCUGUCUCUGAGCACGUCGAAGACGCCGAGCAAAACCCCAGGGAAGAAGGGGAAGACCCAAAACACACCCUCUAAAAUUGGAGGAGACCGGUACAUCCCUGUCAGAAACAGCAAACAGAUGGACGUGGCGAGUUUCCUCAUCGCAAAGGAAAACGAGCCGGUUGAGGAGGCAGCGUCUUCGUCCACACAGACGUCUCAGAAGGCCUGGUCUGUGACCCUGAAUGGAUUUGACUUGGAAGAGGCCAAAAUCCUGCACCUAGGAGGCAAGCCUAUUAAUGCGCCCGAAGGUUAUCAGAACAACCUGAAGGUCCUGUACAGCCAGGUUCAAACACCCGUCUCUGUAAAGAAGAGCCGCUACAUCGCUUCAGUCCCAGAGAGGAUCCUAGACGCCCCCGAGCUCAGGAACGACUUCUAUCUGAAUCUAAUGGACUGGGGCAGACUGAACGUUCUGGCCGUGGCUCUUUCGGAGUACGUGUACCUGUGGGACGCUGCGGUGGGGCAGAUCGUGAUGCUAAAAAAGAUGGAGGAGGAGAACGGCUACAUCUCCUCCGUCUCCUGGAGCAAAGACGGAAACUUCUUGGCCAUUGGCUUGAGCGACUGCAAAGUGGAGCUGUGGGAUGUCCAGGCUCAGAAGCGUCUGCGCAGUAUGGAGGGCCAUCGCGCCCGAGUCAGCUGUCUGGCCUGGAAUGAUCACGUCCUGUCCAGUGGCUCCAGAUCCGGUUUGAUCCACCAGCAUGAUGUCCGUGUGGCCGAUCAUCACCUGUGCACCCUCCGAGGUCACACGCAGGAGGUGUGCGGUCUCACCUGGUCUCCUGACGGUCGUUAUUUAGCCAGCGGUGGAAACGACAACCUGGUGAACAUCUGGCCAAGCACGCAGGGCGGAGUGCAAACAACCCUGCACUCGUUCAACGAACACCAGGGAGCCGUGAAGGCGCUGGCCUGGUGCCCGUGGCAGUCGAGCAUCCUGGCAUCAGGAGGAGGAACCAGCGACCGCCACAUUCGCAUCUGGAACGUCAACAGCGGCUCUUGUGUCAGCUCUUUUGACUCACAGUCUCAGGUCUCUUCUCUCGUGUUUGCGCCGAACUAUAAGGAGCUCGUCUCUGGUCAUGGUUUCGCCCACGACAAGAUCUUCAUCUGGAAAUAUCCCUCACUCACUAAAGUGGCCGAGCUAGAAGGUCAUGAAGGCCGCAUCCUAAACAUGGCCCUCAGUCCAGACGGCUCCGUCCUGGGGUCCAUCAGCUCUGAUGAAACCAUCCGCCUGUGGAAGUGUUUCGAGAAGGAUCCCACCAAGAAAGCCAAGCCUGUGUCCAGCAGCAUCAUUCAGCAGCACAUCCGAUAAUCAGCGUUUUUAAAUCAUAUUUACCACUAAGUUUAUGUACAAAUGAGUUCUUGUAAAUUUUUUUGAAAUAAAGUUUUCAUUUUUUCCCCA